AUGAAGCCCUUCCCAGGAAUGAAGCCUGGCUUUUUGCCGGCCAUCACUGUGACAUUCGUCUUGCUGCAGCUCUUGUUCCUGCUGAACAUGUGCUAUAUUCAUGCAACCCAGUUCCGAAGUCUCACCCGCUACCACAACUUCAAGGUCCUGUAUGUCGACUACGAUGGCGGCGUCAUCGGGAAAUCAGUGUCAGAUGCGUACCAUGAUCUUCAUGGAGACGGCUUUCCUACGGUGCAUCAAGUCGCCCCCAGAGAGUAUCCACAGCCAGGCCAGAUUCAAGACGCGGUGUGUCGAGGAGAAUACUGGGGUGCAAUUUAUGCCAAGUCAGAUGGAUCAGCGAACUUGACAUCUGCAUUGAAGUCUGGUGCUUCCACGCCAACUUCACUCGCCUAUGUCUGGAAUGAAGCGAGAUACCCAGUCUUUUCUCAGUCAAUCAUCUACGUCAGCCUUUUGACGCUGGUUCAAACCACACGGUCAGCAUACUACAGCAACAAUGGAUCUGCAGUGGUGGCCAUAGCCAACUUGUCUACACCAGCCAUACUCAAAGCAUUCACCGAUCCCAUCCAAGCCGAGCAAAUCAACAUCAAAAAGACAGACGAGGGCGCAAGGGUGUUCUACAACACAAUCUCCAUGGCAAUGCCCAUAAUACAACAAUUCUUUUACAUGCUAGCCUUGAACGGAAUCGGAUUCGUCUUCGACGCAUUCACCAUACUCUCCUGGAAAACCAACGCCCUCCUCCGCAUGUCAAUCUCCAUACUCUAUACCUUUAUCGCAGCCCUCUGCAUGACAGGUUAUAUCUGGGCAUAUCGAGAAACCUGGCCGCAAACUGGCAGCCAUUUUGCCUUGACAUGGAUGAUUCUGUGGCUACUCAUGCAUAUCAACUUCCUUUUCUUCGACAUCACCACCGCCUUCGUCGAGAUCCAAUGGGUGCCAUUCGUCGUCUUGACAUGGGUAAUCUUCAAUGUCGCCAGCACGAUCACGCCAUUCGAGAUGAGUCCCGCCUUUUUACGCUGGGGAUACGCGCUUCCUUCUCACGAGGCAUAUCAGGUUCUGAUGCAGAUUUGGUCCGGGGGAUGCAACAAUCGGUUGUAUCAGGCUCUUCCUAUUAUGUUCUCGUGGUGGAUUUUAGGACUUCCCACCGCUGUGUUUGCGAUGUAUUAUCGUUGCAAGAAGGCUGUGGCAAAGGUUGAGAUUUCCAAUCGUGAGAUUCAUGAAAGGGAUACAACUGAGAACCAGACCGUGACGGAGAUCGAUGGCUCUGAUCGUGAAUGGCAGGGACAGAAGAAUAGGGCUGGGGCUCUUCCUGUACGACAGUUGGAUUGA